UGACGGCUUCGAAACAGCUUCAGCUGAGGAGAAAAUCGACAUCAGCUGAGUUUGCAUGAAGUGCCAUCCUUGUAGCUGAAAUACAGGAAUUUAUCAUCACGUUAAAUUCAACAACUGCGUUUUAUAAAGUUGCGUGUAACUGUUGUAAGCCAACGAAAUAACUGUCAUCUGUCGUAACCACAGAAACAGGGCAGAGGCAAAGGAGAAAUAACAUUACAUCAAAACCCGGCAAACAAAGAGAGCCUUUUUUCAACGACAACAUUUUUCCUCCAUAUUCUAUAGUUAUGAGUCAUGUGGCCGUCGAAAAUGCCCACGGCCUAGAGCAGCAGCUCGCUGUCCUAGACUUGAGUGCAGCAGACGGACAAGGUGGAGGCACAAACAGGCGAUACAUUCCUCCACAUUUACGGAACAAAGACGCUUCCAAAAAUGCAGGAAAUGCCUUUGCUGCUGGUCGACAAGGUGUCUACACCAUGGCGCCUCCAGCCAACUAUGGUUGGGAUGGGGGCCGCAACAACUUUGUUAAUGGGUACCAUGACAACCGGAUGACUGGCAACUCAUUUAACCGCGGCCCGCCUCGCAUGGAGCGGGGCCGAGGUGGCGUCGGAGGAGGUGGCUACCGCGGCAACAGGGGAGGAUCCUUCAACCCAAUCAACCCGGCACAGCCAAUGGGAUUUGGUGGCUACGAAAAUAAAGACGCAGGCGGCUGGAACACGCCCAAGGAGGCCUAUAGCAGUUUUGGCAACAACCGAGGGAAGUCUGCAUUCUUCAAUGACAGAGGCAAUGCUAAUAGAGGGAGGUUUGAGCACGGCGGAUUUGGUGGCGGAGGUGGAGGAGGAAACAGCCGCUGGGUGGAGGAGUCCAGAGAUGACGGAGACUGGUCCAAACCGACACCACGUAACGAACGCCUUGAACAUGAGUUGUUCUCUGGCAGCAACACUGGGAUUAACUUUGAGAAAUACGAUGACAUUCCAGUUGAGGCCACAGGACAGAACUGCCCUCACCACAUCGAGAGUUUCCAAGAUGUGGACAUGGGUGAGAUCAUCAUGGGUAACAUAGCUCUGAGUCGCUACACCAGACCAACUCCAGUCCAGAAAUAUGCCAUCCCUAUUGUCAAGUCAAAGAGAGACCUCAUGGCCUGCGCACAGACAGGUUCUGGGAAGACUGCAGCGUUCCUGCUGCCGAUCCUGAGCCAGAUCUACACUGAUGGACCAGGAGAAGCUCUUAAGGCUGCUAAAGCCUCUGGACAGGAUAACGGGAAGUAUGGGCGUCGUAAGCAGUACCCCAUCUCUCUGGUACUGGCUCCAACCAGAGAACUGGCAUUACAAAUAUAUGAUGAAGCCAGGAAGUUUUCCUACCGAUCCAGAGUGCGUCCCUGUGUUGUGUAUGGAGGAGCAGAUAUUGGCCAGCAGAUCAGGGAUCUGGAGAGAGGCUGCCACCUCCUCGUGGCCACACCGGGAAGACUGGUGGACAUGAUGGAGAGGGGCAAGAUUGGACUGGACUACUGCAACUACCUGGUCCUGGAUGAGGCAGAUCGUAUGUUGGACAUGGGCUUUGAACCACAGAUAAGACGCAUUGUGGAACAAGACACCAUGCCGCAUAAAGGCCUCCGACAAACCAUGAUGUUCAGUGCUACCUUUCCUAAAGAGAUCCAGAUCCUGGCCAGGGAUUUCCUGGAGGAGUAUAUCUUCUUGGCGGUGGGCAGAGUGGGUUCCACCUCGGAGAACAUCACUCAGAAGGUGGUGUGGGUGGAAGAGAGCGAUAAGAGGUCAUUCCUCCUGGACCUUCUCAGCGCCACAGUCAUCCCCAGCGAGGUACAGGACAAUACUGGAGACAACAUAGAGAAACCUGGUAAGGACUCGUUGACUCUGGUUUUCGUGGAGACCAAGAAAGGCGCCGAUGCCUUGGAGGACUUCCUGUAUCGGGAGGGCUACGCCUGCACCAGUAUCCAUGGCGACCGCUCCCAGAGAGACAGAGAAGAGGCCCUGAACCAGUUCAGAUCAGGAAAAUGCCCCAUUCUGGUGGCCACAGCGGUAGCAGCUCGGGGUCUGGACAUCUCCAAUGUGAAACAUGUUAUUAACUUUGACCUGCCCAGCGACAUAGAAGAGUAUGUCCACCGUAUUGGACGUACAGGACGUGUCGGAAACUUGGGACUGGCCACAUCCUUCUUCAAUGACAAGAACGGGAACAUCACUAAAGACCUGCUGGACAUCCUAGUAGAGGCCAAACAGGAAGUUCCCUCAUGGCUCGAGAGCCUAGCCUAUGAACACCAGCAUAAGAGCAGCAACAGAGGACGCUCCAAGAGGUUCUCUGGAGGUUUUGGAGCACGUGAUUAUCGCCAAACGGCCGCUGGAGGCAACACCGGAGGGUUUGGAGGACGUGGAAGUCGCAGCCAGGCAGGACAUGGAGGAAACCGUGGCUUUGGAGGAGGUGGUUUUGGUAACUUCUACACUAGUGACGGCUACGGAGGCAACUACUCACACUCUCAAGUUGACUGGUGGGGCAACUAGGUUCCUCCUUCCUUCAUCUCCCCUUCACUCAUCCCUCUUUCUUCUUCUCCUCACUCAUCCUCCUCCUUCUCCCCUCACUGUUGUCUGCACUCCAUCUGUCUCCACCUUUCCAUUAACCCCAAAAACCCAUGUGCAUGUUAUUGAACUAUUUAUACUCGUUUAUAUAGUCCUCCUUCCACCACUAUAUGCUAAGAUCUUUUAAAUCCUCUUUAGAUUUUUCUGUUCCUCUCCAUCUACACCCUUGUCCUUACAGUUCCUCAUCCUUUUUUGAUUUCUUAAGUUCUGAUAAAUCGUCUUAAAACAGGCCAAAAAAAAAGGAUUCUUCCAUUUUAGUUUACACUAGCCACAGAUUUAUUUCCAGCAAGAAAUAUCCUUCGGUUACGGUGAGGACUUUUUAAACUUUUGCCCUCUGUAACAUGUCUGAAAAAAAAAAAAACAAUUAAAUUAAAGUUCUAGGUGUUCUUUUAACUCCCUAAGAUAUAUGCACACCUAAGAUAUACAGUGUGCAGACUUCUCCUAAACAGCUGUAUAAGACCAGGGCCCAUAUUUCCACUUUAGAUUUGAGUUGUGGCUUCAUUAUGUUUUUUGUCUGUAUUCACCCAAAGCCAGCCAGGCUUCCUGUGUACCUUCACAUCAUCUUCAUAUGUAACGCAUGGCCAUGUUGUGAAUCAGCGGCCGAAAACUUUUCUAAAACAUAGCGCAGAGAAAGGCGAGUCGUCAGAUCUGAGCAAAACACUGGCUGAGGUCUCCUUCACUUACAUGACAGAUUCUUAAAAGGGGCCACAGAAACAGCAAAAUCCUUGUUUUUUAUUUUUUCACCUUUUUAAAACGUAUAGAGGUAUUGAUUUACCGAGAAAGAUGUCCGACAGAGACAGAAGAGACACGGGGCUGGGACGCCGGCAGACGUUGCCCAUUUGCAAUGAUGCCAGCAAACAGACUUGUGGUUGUUAAUAUCACAACUACAAAUGGAAUUUCUUUGUUUGAAACAAACCAUAUUGGAGGAUCAUUUGUUUCUGUACCGUGCCUUUCAGAAUUUGAACUUUGUCUCUUAAUUCCAUUGUUUUUAUUGCCAUAAUACGUAACUGGCUAUAAGUAUUGGCCAACUGUGACUAAAAAAAAAAUCUGUAUUUAAUGUCAUGUAUGGGUUCAAACAUGUUUUUCUUUAUUUCUAUUUGGAAGGAAACAAACUAGGCUUGAACUAAAUCAAACCUUGGCAAAAAAAAAAAAAACCUAAACAAAAACUGUGGUGAGGAACCUCAACGUUGUUCCUUAUCUGUCUAUUGGAGUUCAAAUUCAUCAGAAGGUCUCUGAUGAGCUGAUUCCCAACAGCAUAUUACCACUGUGACCAUAUUUCUAGAUUUUUUAAAUACACCCUCAUCCAAAGCCACUAAAAUGGGUUGAGAAACAUUGCAUUUGUCUUAUUCGAAAAUAGAAGUAUUAAUUACAAAAACAGACCUCUUUGCUUCACUAGGCUGUAAACAGAGAUAAUAGCUGUGGUUUUAUGCUUCUGGGAAACCAGAUACCUCUCAUUGACCUGUAUGUCACAUCUAUAGCUCUGGUUUGAGCUUGAGUUUGGGUUUCUCAAAACCAUCUUGUCACUAAUUUUUGGGUCACUUGAUGCCAGAAGCAGAGCCACUGAGAGAGAAUUUGGUGUCGCCGUGCAGCAGCACCAGGUGUUGUUUCCUCUCCCUCUCUUACCGUUUAGAUAUGUGCUCAGAUACCGUGGUCUGAUUGGGUGUGAUGCCAAAGCAAUGCCAAAAAAAAAGUAUAACCACAAUGUGGCUGCUGCUGAAAACCCCGGUGACCAAAUUUGAUCAGUGGCUGUGGAUUUUCAGCUGACUCUUAGUGCCAUCAUGCUCUUGGGAAACUGGCUCUGCUUCCACCACCAACAUCGAACCCCUUGUUUGCCAAAAGCUUCUUUCAAGGGGACACAACUAAAAGGCUAUAAGAGUUCAAAAUUUUCUUGCUCACUCUAUCCUGGAGAGUUACAUGAAGAGUCUUCUCUAAAAUAAGUCAUUCCAGUUUAUUCGUUAGGUCUUAAAGAUCUGUGGAGGUAAGGGAUAAAAGUAAAGAACUGGAUAAGCUAGCCUAACCCAUUUCACCGCAGGGACAGCUGGGGCUUCUGGAGGAUGUAAUGCCACACCUCUACAGCACACUUUAGCCAUGUCCUGUCUGACUGUACUAUGAGUUCAUGUGAAUACGCUUAAGAGUGCAGGUGCUUACAUUCCUGUCCUUAUGAUUGAACAGGUGCUGUAAUGAAGCCCAGUCCUCCGGUGCAGUGUUUCAAAGACAUCAACCAACAAAGGAAGCACAGAAAUGUUCUUAAAUCCAGAGUCAGACCAGCUUUUAAAGGCAGAACACACACACCAGUGGCUUAAAAUGCACUUCACAGCCUCUGCACCUGUUUUUUUUUCUGUGUAAGCUGCAGACCAGCAGCAUCUUGGCACAAACCAUUGCUUUUCUGACUGAUGCUGUUAUGAUCUUUACUGACAUCAAAGCGCAACAGCUCAUUCCAGCUAAUGUGCCUCCACUUCUGCUUCCACCUGUACGUCUGUGUGGUUGUUAAAUGACGCGACACAGCUGGUGUGUGCCGCACUUUGACUACCAUUAUCCCUUUCUAGCCCUGUUAAUGAAGUUAAAGAGCAGCCAAGCUCAGCAUAGCACAGCAAGACAUAGGACAGAUAAAGUGUGCUUGAGGACAAGUGGCACAACAGAACUGAAAAUCUUUGGCUACAAGAAAAAAGAAAAUCAUGUGGAUUUUCUUGAUGAAAUUAUUUUAUAAUACCUGGUUAGCCCUACUUUGCUCUGCUGUGGAACCAGGCUACACGGGGCAGUUGGUCUGCACCCAGAAACAUGUCCAUGUUUCAUCCCUUGUGCGAACGUGUAAAAGAAACUCCACUGCACAUUGGGACGGGUCAGUGGUAGAAGUCCUAUCCCCCUCUGUGUCAGUCAGUGGCAGAAUAAGCCAAAACAUGCUCUGCUGCUACCAGGUGGGGAAAAUUAUUAAUUUUUAUCAGGUUCUUAAUUUGUUUUCUUUACAUGAAUAAGCUUAGUAAAGUAAACAUAUAGAUCAAAUGUAAAUAGUUCAACUCUUUAAAACAGAAAGAGAAGAAUCUCCACUGAAAAAGAAAGCGAAUUAUAAGUGAAGCAACACUUGAUGUGUAGAAGAUUAAGUUUGAUCACUCGACAUUGGACAAUGCAGUGUCUGAUGGGCUUAGUUCAGUGGGCAAUUUGAACAAGCUCAGCAGAUUUAUUCUUUGGAGACACGAUUUACAGAAUAAGUGUGUUUACACAAACAUGAACCAAGAAGGGGAAUUCAUUUACCAAUUAAUGCUCACCAAGCAGAUUCCCUCAAAUUGCCCACUGGCUUUGACAAAUGACAAGGCUGGACGAAGACAACAAAACAUAUGCAAGUGUUGUUGUUUUUUGGUCAAGGAGUUAAAUAAAUACAGUCCUACCACAGGCUUUAGUUUUGUUAAAACUCUCUGAUUUUUUUUUUUUUCCAUCCUCUAUGAUUUUUAGACUACUUUUUAAUCAAAAGAUGUGUUCGGGUCAGUCUUCAAAUCUGUUUCCCUCGAGUACAGUUGAUUAGAGAAGUUCAGGAAACCAGUUGGAGAAUUCAAGCAGACAGCGGGUCACAUACAGAAUUUACAAACCAGAUUUUCCAAAAGCUUCUUGAUAAUUUGGUGCAAAGACACCAGUCCCAUGUGUGAGAAUUUGUGGUGAGAGAAACUAGUUCAGUGAUAUAUCUCACUAAACGUUCAAGGACAGUUGUCACAUUAGAAGAAAAAGUAAACGAUCAGUAGAGGGCAGACAGCUGCUGUUUGACUGUGGUUCAGCCGUCGGAUUAACUGUUUAUAUAUACUGGUUAUACUGGUUAAAACAGCGAUUGAAUUGUUGAUCAGAACUGUGUUUGAGGUGUCCCAGUACAUGACUUUAGCACCUGUUAACCAAUCAGAGAAUUUUUCUCUCAUGAUGUGAAUAACACUCUUUAGUUUCUCCUGCAGCCAUGGUGGAUAGUCUCCAUCUUAAAUUUUUAUUACAGAAACUGUUAGGUAUGAAUUCAUAAGCAGCAGGAAGAUAGAAAUCAGUACAAUAACAUUGCAAGUGACAAUCAAUUAUGAAGGAUUUCCUUAGAUUAAAACUCACUUUACACAUCAACAGAACUCUUUAAGUUGCACUUUUUCUUAGUCUUGGGGACACCUUGAUAUGUAGAACUAUUCGUAACCAGCUGUCUUGCGGGCAGUUAUUUGAUGAACUGUCAAUUUCUGAACUUGCACAUCCAACUUCUGUCCUCCGUGAUGGAGGAGAAUGAAGCUUACAGUUACCUUACAGUUGAGGACACGCUCUAGAUGUGUUGCAUUAGCCAAAAGUGUCCCCAAAUGCCCGUGCUGUUGGGGCAUUUGGAUGCUUUCAGGCCGUGCUACAGAAUCAGAGUCUACCUUUAAAUAUUGACUGAAUAACACAAGUUUAGUACUUGACUGAACUGUCAACUGACACUGUUGCAUCUUCCCUGUGUGAAAGGGGAUAUUGUCAGCAUUUGUUACUUGAAAUCAUGGCUGUUGCCAACCACAAACUUAGUAUGCAGCUAGUGUAGUCUCUUGUUUUUAAAAUAAAAUGCUAAGCAUGAUAAAAUACAUUUUUAAGAAGGACAUACAGUGUCAGAGGCAAAGCACGUGAGCGUGGUUCAGUGUGUAGACAUUGUUGUGCCUUCUAACAGCCACUAGUGGGCAGAGAGAAUAACCGUGAAAAAAUGCUGAAAUGACUGAGCAUUUCACCUGCAGUGAGACAGAUGCAAGGAGCUGCUGAUCUAAUACAAGAUCUGAGCAUAUUGUUGACUGCUGGUAGUGUAGAUAGGAAUUUUUGACUUUGGAGUUAAACAGCAGGGAGUCAUGGAAGGUCGAACUUCAGUUUACCUCACUUUUCAUCUUGUUUAUAGAGCAAUCUUGUCAAAUAGUAGUGUUCAGUGUACGCACAUAAAUAUGCAAUGUAUUUAGGUCUUUUUGUAGGGAAGACAGAUUAUAUCUAUCAGCUGUAAUUACUUUUGGACUGCGUUGGAGCAACACUGAACCACCACUGUGCCCCAAACCCCCACCCCGCCUCGUCGAAAUGCCCCCCUGCCCAGGGCGCUGAACGUCUGAAGUGCAAUAGAUCUCAGUUACUUGUGGUUUGCUUUCACUUUGCCGUCACCAAGUUUUGUUUGGGUUGUUUUCUGUCUGUGCUCCGUUUGGAUUAAAGCACAAACAGGCCCAAGUGAAAUCAGCUGAAAUUCUGGCGUGUGCACGGUGCCUUGAAGAGACUGAAUCACUGAUUCACUAAAGACAGAAACGUGUUAGUUAGGGCUGGGUAUUUUUCAAUACAGAUGUAAAAUCCAAACUAUUAGACAAACAACAGUAAAUGCAUUUUGCGACUUCUCUGUGUGUGGAAAUCACCAUAGUCAUCCACUCACAAUGAAAUAACACUAUUAAAACAUUGCAUCGUCUAACAGCUGUUGUCCAAUCGAUGGCACAGAUUCAGAAACGUUUCAGAAAAAAGUUUUUUUUUUUUUUGACUGACAAAGACUUAAAAAAAAGAAAAUUAAAAUAAAUUCUCCAUCUUGACUUCCUUUAGUCGAAUGUGUUGAAUUUGUUGUUUGCUUUUUAGCCACAUUAGCGUCAGGGCUCUGUGGAUGGGAGUGUAGGUCGGUCAGUUCAUUUACCACUUUAAUCCAGAAGUUUGUUUGAGGAUGAAUCCUAACAAACCCUGGAGCAUUUGUUUGGACCACCAGUUUCACCAGUUCCACUAAUUAGAAGCACAACAUGCAGAGUUCAUUUCCUCUGAAGGAAAACUCAGUUCUCAUUUUGAAAUCCAGCACUUUAGUUUCUGGUUUUUGAAUAAUUUCAAAACCUUGUGAUGCCUUAAAUUCCAGGGGGUGAUACCCAGCCCUAAUGGAGCAGAUAGUGAAGUUGGUUGCACUGUAUACAGCAUUACCAUGGCAACAGAUACACAGUGUCACCAUGGCAAAGGAUUCUGCGUCACUGUGGAAACUAACUUACCAGCAGGAAUAUUUUGAUCGUUGGUGAACAAUUAAUGGUGCUAAGCUCCCAUUGCUGCGGCCGGCAGGCCCCUCUGUUGUAGAACGACUUCAAACCCCACCAAGUUUCACAGGAAAUACUUCAGUUACCUAGUUUAACGUUCAGCUAAAGUCUUCUGUAGCAUAUGUCCUUCGAAACCUCCGAGAGAUGUGCAUGAGUGAGUGAGUGUGAUUGAAAUGAUGUAGCGCAGCCAGAUGUCAAAAAGAGAGGUUUGUCUGCAGUGUAGUGUGUGUGUGUCUGUGUGUGGGUGUGUGGUAUCGAAAGGUUCUUCCAGAUAUGAAUCCGUUUUUGUUUGUUUGUUUGUUUUUGGGACCAGGUGGAGUUGUAGUUAACAGCAACUGUAGGAUUCAGCUGUUUGCACACAGAGUUCUCGAGUCUACUUUCGCUGCUAGUUUGUGUAAUUUAUCAAGCGUUUUUGAGAAAUAUUUAUUUUUAUAAGCCUAAUACAAAAGUUGAUAUUUUACAAAGUGACUUGACCAAAAGACAGUAAACAAAAACACUGGCACUUGAAUGUUGAAUGUCAUUGGUAUGAGUGAAAAUUUCUAUUUUUCUGGGGUAGUGUGAGCUUUUUAACGUUAAAGAUGCAACGUGUAGGGGUUUCUCUUUGGAUAUGUCACUGUGAGGAGUUUUUGUGGUAGACAAAUGUGAAAGGGUUGUAAAAAUCCAAAAAUACCAGUACUGUCAUUGGUGCCAAAAUACUAAAGAAUCCAACACACCAGUUCUCUGCUAAAGGCCAGUACAAAGGUACUCGCAGCACGUGCACAUCUUUCUUCUGCCUAUUACCAGUCCAUUGUUUUUUGUUUGUUUUUUUAGAAACUUCUUCUUAUGCUGUUUGAUUAAUAUUGCCAUACCACCCGUUGGAAAAAUCUGAUCGCUUCCUUUUUCUUAAAACUAAGUAGAAAUCCUUUGUCAUAAACUUGCGCUCAGCUUGAACUUCCCACUUGCAGCUGCUGUUAAAUGGUUUGUUUUUGUUGCAUAGUUUGAGAACAUCCGUCAGUGAAAAGGUCCCACGGCCCUAACUGGGCUCUUCUCUUCUCUGUCAUUUACAACAGUAGAUGAAGAUGUGCAUGUGGUGUCACAGGAGGCGAUGUAGUGAAGCACUGACAGUUGGAUUACAGUUAAUGUGACUGUGACAUAUUAAGAGAAACAUCCUACACGGGUUACCUUUAAAGUCACAUUGGACUCAGUAUCAGAUCCAUAAACCUGUUUGUGUGACAGGUUCCAUUGCCAAUAAUGAUAAUAAACCGUAAACAGCCAUUUUUAAUUGGCAAGCAAAAUUUGAGACAAUACCACCAUGUAUGCCAAGGUUUGGAUAAAAACAAAUAACAAAAAGUUACGAUCAAAGACCAUUUUGUAAAAAAAAAAAAAAAAAAAAGUGUCCAGAUUCUCUCCAAGUCAGUUGUUGUUUUUGUUUUAUUCUUUUCAUUUGAGUCUUUACACUUUUCCUUCCCCUCAAUGCCCUCGUUGUGAAUGUCUGGCAAGUGGCGACCUUUAAAGUCUUCAUAACGCAGAAUUAACUGUGGUUCUAUUGCUAUGUUGUUGUGAUUUGCAUAUUUUCAGGCGUGAGUGUGUUAGUGCUGUCACAGGGGAGCUUCUGGCCAAUCAUAAAUGAGGAUCCAUCCUGCUGUCGUUUACUUUAGAGUGACAUGAGUGUUUUUUUUAUUGUUCAGCUGAUCCAUGACUCUUCAUCUGUCUUACAUGAGGAGAAUAUUGUAACUUGUGUUUCUGCUGUAGGUCCAUUUAGCACAGACACUCUGCAGUUAUACUGGGACAGCUCUGUUUGUCCAGUGACUGUAGCCUCAGUGAACAGAAUGCAAUGGAGCCAAAGCAAAGCCGCAAUCAUUGACUAAUCAAACAUGGCACACAAAUAGUAAACAGUCACACUUUACAGCCGUGUGUGUGUGCACAAACUAAAAUUUUGCGACAGUAAGUUCAUGGGUCUUCAGAUGGCGCUCUGGGAAACAAAGUACACAAAAAUGCAAACGCUUUGGGGCUUUAUUUCAAUUUCAAUUUGAUUAACUUUAGAAAGUGAUCUAAAAAACGUGUGUAGUUAUAUUUAGGAUUGAUUGUGGUUUAAGAGACUGAACUGAAAUGAAAUGGAGCCCAGUGUUUCCACCAUUACUGACUGACCAGAACCCUCAAAGUGGACACACAGCAGCACCGGCCUGGUAGUUAGUAUUUGCUUUAUGUAUUAGUUUAGCAGUUGUGCACGAAGAGGAGCACUGCACGAAGAAAAAAAAAACUGUGCAUCAUUUUAUCACAAAUAAAGGUUUGGAUUUGCAAAUGUA